AGUAGAAAAAAAGACACAGGUGCGAGUGUGUUUGUGUGUGCGUGUAGUUGCUGAUCAAUUCUCAUGUGCGCUGAGCACACGGUGCAAACACCAUAAUUAAUUAAUUAUAAGAACAACAAAACGCUAUCAGCAUCGUCGUCAGCAAGAAUAAUAGACACAGCUGCAGAGCCAACCAGCUGAAACGAGCUUUCACAUUGACACGAGAGCAGCUCAAAGCGAGAGCUAAUCAAAAGGAAUCAAACAUUUCCAGACUUCGCUCUCUUCGGCUGCUGAACACACUCUCUUAAGCGCUGUCAGGCGGCUCAGAAGUGUUUGUUGUUUAGCUUUCGAUAAAAACUGUUUUAAUUUCCAAAAUAUUCGUUUUAUAUACACGUACACGCGUAUGUGUGUGUGAUGCGUGCAUAGGCCGAUCAACACAUGCACAUAUCAAAUGAGAAACAGAGAUAGCGUAACAGAGAGAGAGUGCCGCUAGCAACGAACCAAAAUAACUGCACAUGCGUUCCGACUACGACGAGGUGCCGCUUAAACCGCCGCGUCGCCAAAAGCUUCAGCUGCCGCUGCAAGAGCAACAACAGGAUAAAGAGCGAGGGCGUGAGCGUGAGCGAAGGCGUUCGCGUGAUCCGGUGCAGCGUGCAGAGAGCGAACAGCUGCUGCCUCUCCAUUUGAAAAGCAUGUACUCAAACCUACGCUAUGCUCGCACAAAUCUCAGCCACAGCAGUCUGCUGCUCAACCACCAGCAGAGCUCGUUUGAUGGCAGCGUACCGACAUCGACUGAGCGCACUGAGAGCAGCGAGACGCUAGACACACCGUUAACCCAGGAAGCAGAGAGAGAGAAUGGCACACAGCCGCUGGCAUUGCCAUUGGCCGCAUCUGGUCGCUGCCCAAUGCCCGCUGCAACGGCGAACAGACGCUUUGCGCUGGCCAGUGCGCUGCAUGCAACGGCCAGGCUGGCGGCCAGUGUGGAUGCUUACACGGCGGCUGCAACGGCGACCGCUGCUACCAGCCACCACUGCCAUGGCGACUACAGCAUGUGCGACUCGUGUCGACCGCUCAGACUGAGCAACCAGCAUCAGCAGCAGCAGCAACAGCAACAACAUCAGCAGCAUCAGCAGCAGCAGCAGGCGCAGCAGACGCAGAGCGUCAACAAUCUCAGUCGUUACACCCACUCGGGGCCGAGCAGCUACCUUGAUUCGACGCGUUAUCUCAACUACAGCAAUUUGCAUUCGAAUUCGCCGCACGCGAGCUCGCGUCGCUUCAACGCGCAGCUAUCGUCCCAACCUUCGCCUCCGCCUCCGCUGCCGCAUUUUGCAGGGCCAGCCUCUUCCAUACCACGGCGAAUUGGACGCAACAGCAUGUCGCAGUCCGGCGAAGAUCUUCACUCGCCCACCUACCUCUCCUGGCGCAAGCUCCAGCUCAGCCGAGCCAAGCUGAAGGCCUCCAGCAAGACGUCCGCCCUGUUAUCCGGCUUCGCAAUGGUGGCCAUGGUGGAGGUGCAGCUGGACAAGGAUACGGACGUACCGCCCGGCAUGCUGGUGGCCUUCGCCAUCUGCACCACCUUGCUGGUGGCCGUUCACAUGCUGGCCCUGAUGAUCAGCACCUGCAUUCUGCCCAACAUCGAGACGGUCUGCAAUCUGCACAGCAUCGCCUUGGUGCACGAGUCGCCGCACGAGCGUCUCCAUUGGUACAUCGAGACGGCCUGGGCAUUCUCAACAGUGCUGGGCCUGAUACUCUUUCUCGUCGAGAUCGCGAUACUCUGCUGGGUGAAGUUCUAUGAUCUGAGCACAACGGCCGCCUGGUCAGCUGUGGUCGUCCUUAUACCCGUGAUGAUCAUCUUUCUGGCCUUUGCCGUGCACUUCUAUCGAUCGCUGGUGACGCACAAGUACGAGGUGACCGUGUCGGGCAUACGGGAGCUGGAGCUGCUCAAGGAGCAAAUGGAGCAGGAUCAUCUCGAGGUGAACAACGCCCGCAACAAUGGCUUCAACUACGGCGCCUCCGGCGACAUUGUUUAGCAGCAGGCCAAACCAAUCAAAAAUGCUUCCCCUCAACAAAAAAAGAAAAAGAAAAAUGAUAACAAAAAACUUUUGUAAAAGCUAAAAGACAUAUUUUUGCCCCCUUUCGGUCGGAAAGGAGGAAGCAGAGGAAAUACUUUAGACUACAUCAAUUGUUCAGAAUUGUGAAUUUGUAGCUAAUGCAAAUUGUGAUACGCAUAAGGCAAUAUUAUAUUUUAUUUUAUUUUUUCUACUUUACAUACGUUACAUACAUACAUGUAGAUAUAUAUAUAUAUAUAGAAAGUAUUUGUACGAUCCGCGCAUGGGAUCCAGUCUAUAUAUAAGCCUCUAUUGGCAGGCCUAUGUCUAAGCGCUAGCUCGCUCCUAAUUUAUACACAUAACAUUUACUUAAUUAAAGGUCUUCUUUUUCUAGACAACAGACAAGAAACCCCAACUAAACAAAAACCAACAACUAAA